AUGACCAGUGGACAUUAUGGACACAUAUAUCACGUGGCAUUGAGUCCCGAUGGUAACAAUGUUGUCCUCUUUAACACGGAUAAUUUGGAAUUGAGAAUAUCCCAAGUUAAAAACCUCACGCAAACAAAAAAAAUCGUAUAUCGAGGCCUUCAAGCCGUUAAACGUGAUAGCUCCCGUCUCACUUGGUCACUCGCCAUAUCCAAUUCCAUAAAUAUGGGUUCUCAUUCUGACUCGUUAAUCGCCAUCUCGUGCUUUAACGAAAACGAUAAUGUGCUUCCCAGCGAAAACCCGCAUCAUGGUGAAAAACGGCCUUUUAAUGUUAAAUCAAAGUCACGAGACAACUUAGGUUGGGGUGUUGGAAAAAAAAAAUCGUCUGAUCACUUGAGUCUUUUAGAACAAGGUGUUCGAAAGUUCGGAAAUGAUUCUCAUACGUGGAUAAUAUCAACAUGGUUCCAAAAUCGACUAAUCACCUCUUUGGAUAACAUGGGUGGAGUGAUUCGAUUUCUCACCACCACGAGAAAUUCCACGACAUUGGCAUUGGUCCAUUCGGAGGGUGUCACCACAACCAACAUCGAUCAUAACUAUGAAUCAAAGGAUCUUUCUUUUAACACCAAACAUUCGAUAUCGCCCACCCAAGACUUUUUGUUUCCUCCAAUCAUAACCGACCAAAUCGAUUCCGAGGACCUUAGAUUGCACUUAUUCCAUCGAAGCAUUGAAAAGUAUUAUUUCAUGGUCGAAGAUUAUAAUUCUGGGGUGUUGGAGAUGUACAGCUUGAUAGACGGCGAUUUACACAAGACCUUUCAUAUGGACGAGGAAAAGGGGAUUUCGGAACUUUUGGUCACCGGGAAUUCGAUAUUUGAAAUAUCAAAGAAUAACGUCUUGUUAGCUUAUUGCCACGGUGCCAAUAGUGUAACCAUUUAUUUGAUGGAGAAUACCUUGAAGAUUACCACCAAGAUUUUUGAGAAUGUUUAUCGAAUCAACUCUAUAGACUUCAUAGGUGAUGAUGAGAAAUUGUUGGUGGUAGGUGAAGAGGAGAGAAUUCUGGAGGAUUCAACUACCGAGUUGAUCACGGUGAUCAUGGUUUGGGACUUGUUUAACUCGUUGAAUGAUAGUGUAAGAAAAGUAGAAGAUACACAACUUGUAAUUCCGGCGAAACCGCACGAACACUAUCACAGAUUUGCCAGCGCAAGCGGAAAGAUUGUUUACGUUAACGAAGAUGAUGGAAACGUAUAUUCGAUAUUUGAUCAUCCUGAUCUUACAAACGUGGUUAAUCCUCCACCGGUUUCCGUUUCAGGUCUCAUGAAGUUAGACAUGCAGGCCGCUCAUCACGAUAGCUCAAGUAUGUAUCAUUGCCUGUACAAUUUGAGCGGGCAAUUCGACGAUGCAAAGAAAGAACCCAAGACUGACCUAAUCGUAAGCAACCCUGAACCGUGGGUACGUCAUAAAAAGUAUCCACGUGUAUCUGCGUUUCUGAAUAACGAGAAAACUCAACAAGUGAUCGUCGGAAGCACGACGGUCCAAGUAUGGAGGCGUAAGAAAAACCCCAAAACUCAUGAAGUUCUUCAAUAUAUUUGGUCUAGUCCGGAGGGAAAAGCAUUUCAAAUCAAAGAUUUUUCUAUUGGCAACGGGGAAUUCUUCUUGGAGGUCUCGGUUGGGGUUGAGGGUGACCAUCAACAAAUUCAUUGGCCACAUAAUUGUCGCGUGUUAGUUGACGCGUGCAAAGCUUUGGGAUACCUUUACGACCGACGUAGCGAUCAAUUAUCACCAAAGAAACAGUAUUAUUAUGAUAAACUGAAUCAACAAAUAAAUGUUAUACUCAAAAGAACCAUCAGAAAAAACCCGGAUGCCUGGAGGUUGUUUGACGUGCGGUACGAAAUCAUGGAAAACUUGAUACGAGGAAAUUGUGUCUCAUUGAUCAAGACCAUAUUGUUCGAGGAAGACCGUGAUAAAAUUAAGACACGAACCAGCAAGCAAUUUCAUUUUUCGAGGUUGCACACGUGGCCUGUUGAGCCUGUUGAACCCGCUGAACGAAAAAAGAGUGAUUUACAGGUGGCGAUUGAGUGCACGGGUGGCAAUCCAAAAAAUUCCAUGAUUGUAGGAUAUCUUUUGAGUUACUAUGCGGACAAUGCGAUGCAGAAUGCAGGAUGGAUGAAUAGUGUCUCCCAGACUCUUCCGCUCCUUUACGAUUAUAAUUUAGGUUUCUUUGUCAAAGAAUUAUUCUGUAGACCGAUCUUUGGUAAAAAGGAAAUGCACAUCAAUGAAUCAUUCAUCAGUAAAAAAGAUUUCGUAGAAGCACGUUUCAAAGCUUUCCACGCAUUGGAAGUUAAACCAAGACUUCUUAAAAAAGUUAUUAUCACUCGUGCCGAAAAGAUGAGAUCAUUGACCUCCCUUUCAUUUUUCAAGAAAGAGAUUAAGGAGCUCGAGGAUGAUGCGAAAAAAAUGGGCAUAUUCGAUGUAAUUAAGCACGAGUCUAACGUCUUAACAACUGUGAGAAUAGUUCCACUUCCAGACUUCACCGUUUACCCGCCCGGAGUCAUCAAAGACUACAAAAAAAAAUCAUUACUCCUACGCAUCCUCAGGAUUAUGUUCUGGCCUCGUAGCUAUGUUGUCACCGAUGACGAGGAUUGCAGUCCAUUUCUCCGCGUGAUACAACGCGACAAAUCAUCGAUGAUGUUUGACAAUCCUGCGAUGGCCGCUGUCAUUGACUACAAAUGGCCGCCUGCGCGAAAUCAUUUCAUCCGUCACUCCGCGAUCUUCAUCAUUUUUGCCUUGACUUUCUUCAUUGUCACGGGCGCAUUGCACGAAGGUUCGGAUGUUAGACCCGAUGUCAAUAGUAGGGUUAAUAUUGCUUUUCAGGUUUUGUUAUUCUACCUUGGAUAUUAUUUGUUGAUCACGGAGUUCAUUCAGCUCAAGCAUCAAGGUUUAUUAAGGUAUCUGACAGUUUAUAAUUUCUUUGACUUAUCGUCGGUGAUUUUACCGAUGGUGGUUGUGAUCGCGGCAGACAUCAUGUUUAUGGGAGGAGGGACUUCGUCGUCACUUUUGCUGAUGGAAUAUUCUAUCGCCACGGCGUUUACGACGUUGAUUAUCUGGGGUGAAAUGUUCUUGCUACUGAGAUUUUUUAAAAGUCCGGCAAAAUUCAUUUACAUCAUGGCAAACAUUCUGAGGAAAGUGUGGCCAUUCCUCGCAUUCAUGCUAAUUGUCGUAUUUGGAAUAGGCCACGCGAUGUACCUCCUCCUGCGCAACCCUACUCAAAUCAACCUCACACCAAACGGUUCAUCAUACUUGAUCACCAAUUCCUCAGAUACCACCGAUAAUCUUUACCCAGACAUCACCGUAUCACAAACUUUUGAUGUCAGCAGCGUAAAUGACAACUACUUUUCAUCAUUCUGGAAAUCCAUUGAAAGCGU